AUGGCGGUAUACCGGACGGAGGACUACGCGACGAAAACCACGGACACACUUCUUCAGGAAGUCAUGAAGACCUUUGAGGACAUUCCCUCAAAGGUCAAAGAAUAUCCACAAAUGAGAAAAGACAUCAAGACCUUCCUGGAGGUACAGUCUGACAAGGGCCUCCGCGCCUUAUUUGAGCUGUGCAAGCGAGUAACCAGCCUAGAAGCAGCGGCAGCCAGGACGCGGGCGCCCAGUACGGUCGGGCCGUCUGGAAAAGAUGUCCACAUCAUUGACAAACUGGAAGAUGUCGAGACUCAGCUGCAAAUGCGGCUGAAUAAGCUCGAGGAGAAGAUGGUGCUGUGCUUCGACGAACAGAAGACUCUGCGUGACGAUGGCGGGUACGACAUCAUCGACAAGAUCGUCGACAAAAUCGACGAGGCUAAGGCGGCCAUCAACCAGACGACGCAAGGCGUCAUGGUGGUGAGCCGCACUCAGAUAACCCUCGACGAGAAGCUCGACGGUAUUGCCUGUGAUGUCGCGGCUGCCAAAGCAGCGCUGUCUGAAGUCGCGAAGCAAGAAAAGCAACCAUCCGAGCCUAGGUCGUACGCGAGCGUCGCAGCAGCCAAACCCGGGUACCGGCCGGCACUUCACUCGAUGGCGGUCACUCUCGAAGGCAAUCAGGAGACUGCCGACGAGGUGCUCGAGCGAGUGAAGAAGGCGGUCGAUGCCAGGAGUACUGGCCUAAAAAUUAAUAAGGUGCGCAAAGCUAAAAAUCAAACCGUCAUCUUAGGGUGCAACACAAAAGAAGAAUUAAAUAAGGUUAAACAAACAAUCGAAAGUAGGGGUAAAGGUUUAAUAGUAACACAUAUAAAAAAUAAAAAUCCGCUCGUCAUCCUAAAGGACGUCUUCCUGCAAAGCGACGACGAGGAGUUAAUAAGGGCGCUUCACAUUCAAAAUGCAGAAAUAUUCGGAGAUCUAUCACAAGAAGAAAUCGAAACAACCGUAAAAUUCAAAAAACGGACAAAAAACCCCAAAACCGCGCACGUCAUUGUCCAGGUCGCUCCCGUUGUGUGGCGGAGGAUGACGGAGGCUGGAGCCCUCUACCUCGACCUGCAAAGGGUCAGAGUGGAGGACCAGUCUCCGCUCAUCCAAUGCACGAAAUGCUUGGCAUUCGGGCACGGCCGGAAAUUUUGUACGGAAAGUGCGGACAAGUGCAGUCACUGCGGCGGCCCGCAUCUGCGCGAGAAAUGCGCAGAUUUCAUUGCGGGCAACGAACCGCGGUGCUGCAACUGCUCGCACUCUAGGCUGCAGAACACUGAGCACAAUGCCUUCAGCGCCGAAUGCCCCAUUCGCAAGAAAUGGGACUACCUGGCUCGUGCAACAACGAUGUACGUUUGA